AAAAUCUGGCGCUUUGUCACUCUGUAGCUUGUCGGCGUACCGGUCCAACGUUUUCGCUUUGUCGCUGGCUGUUUUCCCCAUCUCACUUCUUAAUCUAAAACACCCCAACCAAGAUGACUGAGCCUACAACAAGUGCACAGGUCGAUGAAAAGAAGAUAUGUGAGGAAACGGAAAAAACGUGUGAAGUUAUUGAUGUUGAUGAAAAGGCAACGGGUUUGAUUUCUGAAGGAAAGAGACAUCUGGUGGUUGGGGAAGCAAAUUUGGCAGUGGAGAAGCUACAGGAAGCUUGUAAACUACUCGCUGGCAAGUACGGUGAAACUGCGCAGGAAUGUGCUAGUGCGUACUUCAACUAUGGAUGUGCAUUGUUGGAUCUGGCACGCAUGGAGAAUGGGGUACUCGGGAAUGCCUUGGAGGGAGGUGAGUGUCAUCUGGUGUUCGUUUUAUAUUUGUUUGGAACCAUUGAAUGUGUUUCAUGUUUCAUAAUUUUGAGAGUUGCUUGCCAUACAGAUGAUGAGAAAAAGAUGGUAGAAGAGCAAGUUGCGCAGGCGUUAGAUGAGAAUGCAGAUGAAUUGGAGAAAAAGACUAAAGAUGAGAACGAGAGUGAGAAAGAGAAACCAGAAGGCGAAGCUUCGAAGUCGCAAGAAACAACAGAAGACAAGAAGGAGACCGACAAUGCAGAGGCAGCAGAGAAGGAAGAGAAGGAAGAGAAGGAAGAGAAGGAAGAGGAGGAGAAGGAGGGGGAUGAGGCAGAAGAUGAGGAUGAGGGAGAGGAGAAUGAGGAAGGAGAAAAGAGUCAGGAUGAUGCAACAAAGAGCCAAGACGAAGAAGGCAACACGAGUCAGAGUGAAGGAGAGAAUGCGGACGACGUUUCCAACCUUCAACUGGCGUGGGAGAUGCUUGAGCUCUCGCGAACCAUAUACUCAAAGGCUGAGGACAGCGACUCCAAGAUCAAGAUGGCUCACUCUUAUCACAAGCUUGGGGAACUCGGCUUGGAGCAAGAAACAUUUGAACAGAGCAUAAGCGACUUUAAUGCUUGUCUCGGCAUCCAGAAAGAACUCCUGGAAGCCGAAAACAGACUUAUCGCAGAAACAUAUUAUAACAUAGGUCUGGCCUACCACUACAGUAAGAAGUACGAUGAUGCCUGCGAGGCAUUCAACAACGCUGUUAAAGUUAUUGAAGCUAAGAUUGUCAAACUCAAUGACAUCGUUGAGAAUGCAACCGGCAAAGAGGCUGCUGGGGCUGAUAACCCGGUGAGUAACGCCAAGAAGGAGCUGGAUGAACUUCGAGAACUGCUGCCGGAGGUGAGAGCGAAGAUCGAGGACUCGCAGGAGAGCAAGAAGAACGAACAAGUGAUGGAAGUUACCGAAGGAAAAACCGAAGGGGGUUUUGCGAAGGAAUCUACAUCAGAGCAAGCCAAACCUGUGAGCAACAUUGGACACCUCAUGCGCAAGAAGAGAAAACCGGAGGAAGAGGAAGCGGAGAACGAAGCCCAGGCGAAGAAAGCAAAGUCUGCUGAGGAUGGAUCCGGUGAUGCCCCGGUCGCUAACGGCAGCACAAACGGUUCACACAACAAUGGAACCGACGCCAGUCCAGAGAAGAUUGUCGCAAAGAAAGUAGAGGAGGUUAAGCCAAUGGAGGCAGAAACCAGUGAGCAAGCUGCAUAGAUGCCACGCUGCAUCGCCCGUGCUCUCAGCCACACGACACGUUGGAAGUAUUUCUGUUGUACUACGGUACUAGUUGAAAGUAGUUUUAUACUAUGAAAACCAAACUCCAACGGGUCAAUCUUGUGUAGCGGGAUGCGGAAUUUUUGUACAUUCCAUGUUGUGACAUUUAGAACCGGUAUUCAACUUAACGUAUCAUCGUACAGUGUAUUAAAUGCAUUUUUAUUUAUUAUAGUUUUCAGACGUUGCCCAAUUAAGAGAACAAGUCUAGGGGAAGGGAACUUUAUUUUUGUCUUGGUGUAAAGUGCUUCCGUAAACAUAGACGGCGUAUACUUAAAUAUGAUAUUUAGGAGUACAAAUGGUAUUACUGUGAGAAAAUUUUUUGAUAACGAAACUGAUCCGAUCAUAUAUUAGUAGCUGUUCUAGUGUGGCUAAGUAAACAUCAAAAGGUUUUCAUUCUUGUAAAUCCUCCGUUCAAAAACUGUAUAUAUAGCAUUGUUAGUGGAAAAAUGUGCAUCUACUCUAACGGGCAAACUUAGCCAUCAGUAAGAAAUCUGUUGACCACGCAUGAUUGACAAUAAUUGUAGAGUAUUAUGUGGUUGGUUAAGAAAUUUCUCCUCAUGAAUUUACCAGUGAAUGUAUCAUGAACCUGAUGUUUCAAUUUCGUUAUAUCAAUAAACAUCGGAUACAAAACCAAAA